CGGCGAGGCAGAGGCGAGCAUUCACACCCCCCAGGGCGCGGGACACUGACAGGCUCACAAGACGCUCCCUCCCUCCCUGCCUCCUCCCGCCCGCGCGCCGCCCCAGUCACCGCUCCGGUCUGAUGACAUGCCAAUAGCGUGAGGACAAGUCUCGCUCCGCCUGUACCUGUGUCCACGUCUCGUCCCGCUUCGGCUUCGCUCGCUUACACGCACUGCUUCUCUCUGUCCCUCGGUGGCGUGGCGUGAAGGUGUCUCGCAUAGCGUUGUAAGGAUACCACUCAGUCCCCCCAGUUUGAUUCCCCCACCUUACGUUUUGAGGUCACGUCAAUUUUUGCAACACCAAACAAGGCACGCACUUCAAACAAACUUCACUGAACCGUGACCAACUACUACAACACCUUGUAGUUUUUUCCUUGUUUCUGUUUUGGAAAUACUAACAGUAACAACAAUUGCAACACACAUCACACACCAACGAGAGAGUAAAGUCUGGAAAGCACUCAGAAGUCAAGUGAUUCCUUUGGCCAAGACGAGGCACAGCGCGCGUGGCCUGUGCGGACGGAUCUUCCUUCUCGUUCCUCCAGUCACCCACCUGAGCAGGUAACACGGCUCCUCCCUCCCAGCCUCAUACUCCUCAGCCUCGCUUCCUGCGCCUCCUAAUCCUCGACGUGUAGUCAAGUACCGCGUGUUCCCUGUCCCCUCACACCGCUGCUCCUCCCACCCUCCCCCACUCUACCCUUUUCUCCCACGCCCCUACACCCAGCCCUUUCCCUUCCCUCGUCGUCAGUGCCGUGAUCUGAGCCACUGAGCUACAACUAAGCCUCCCUGCGAGCCACCACCGCACUACCCGCGCCGCCACCAGGAGCCGAGAGCCACCGCGAGGCCCUGAAGCAGCGACACGAAGCAGCACCGUCAGCAGCAUCAGCAGCGGCAGCAGCAGUAUGAAGGGCCUUCCCCUCACCAAGAGUGUCCUGCUGGCCCUCACACUGCUCCUCCCCGCCACACACGGUCGCACCUACUUGAGGAGGCAGCAGAGAGACCCAGCCUACCAGACCCACUAUGGCAGAGGCAGCUACAACAGGCAGGACGCGCGACUCUACGGGCGUCUUCCCUUCCCCAACAAGCCUCACUACAGCAAAUCUGACUUUCUACAGCUGUUUGAACCCUCAGAACCCUUGAAUGCCCCGCUGGAUCCCAUCACCGCCAGCCUGGAGGAAGCUCUCCUCUCCAAUGACCUCGACCAAAACCUUGCAAUCUCACGUGAGGACUGGGGCCAGUACUCUGCCCGCCCCCAGGAGCCACAUCAGGGCCACGGAUUGGACCGCAUCCGUCACCACGGCCUCAAGACCUACAACGAAGAAGUGUGUUCCACUAAGAAGGGAUGGGACGUGGUGAAGGAAUCGGUGGACCUGGACGGUAACGCUGUGGUGAUCAUCCAGGUGGAGGGCGAGAGGAAUCAGACCUAUUAUAGCUACACGUGUGAAAAUAAAUGCCAGCCAUGCAAAAACGUGAUGGGCGCCUCUAUGUGCAAGCAGCGGUUCACAUACGUCUACCUGUAUCACUACCUCUUACUCAACCCCAGUGAAAAGCGGUGGGGCUUCGUGGAGGUUCCGUCUCACUGCGCCUGCGAGUUGGUGUCCCCCGAUAGCCAGGACCCCGAGUGUGACAAUAAGUAGAGUGUAGAUGGGAGGGUCGCGUGUUCCCCUGCCAGUAAGAAUCCCAGCAGCUGAUGAUGGCACAGCCCCCCUUCUCCUUCCCCUUCCUUACCCCCUCCCCUCCCUGCCCCCUUCCCCUUCCUCGUCCGUUCCCUUCCCUUCCCUUACUAUGAGCGUGGAUGGGCUGGUACUACUAAAUAAAAAAGAUGGUAAUGAUAAUGAUGAUAAUGAUGAUGAUUAUGGAGUGGAAGGAGAAAUAAGAGGUGAUGGUAAUGGUAAUGAAGAAGAAGAAGAAGAAGAAGAAGAAGAAGAAGAAGAAGAAGAAGAAGAAGAAGAAAAGAAGAAGAAGAAAAGAAUUUGUAGUAAAUGCGAUAUUUAAAUUAAUUCCAUUAAUUUAAUAUUUAUUAACACACACACACACACACACACACACACACACACACACACACACACACACACACACACACACACACACACAGACAGAGCGAGCGAACGAGAGAGAAUGAGAGAGCGCAAGUGUGAGCGAGCGAGAGAGAGAGAGAGAGAGAGAGAGAGAGAGAUAAAGUACCUGAAACUCGCAAUAUUAACUGGAGAAAAAUAACAAAAAAGCAAGAAAAGAGUACUCCACCACCACCACCACUCCCCUCACCACCACCACCUCCACCACCACCACCACCUCCACCUCAUUGCGUCUUCGUCCCUAUGUUAUGAACGAGUCUCUUAUUAUUAUUAUUAUUAUUAUUAUUAUUAUUAUUAUUAUUAUUAUUAUUAUUAUUAUAUUUUCCUCUAAAUAAAUG